GGGCUGUUUGUGGUUCCCGAAAGUGCUAUAUAUACAGCUGGUUAGCUCAUCAAAGGCACCAUUUGUUCAUCAGGAGCAUCUGAACACAGGCAGCUCAAGGCACGAACAACAAUGGCUUCUAAGGUUGCAAUCGUUAGUUUGGUUUUGGUGGGAGUGGCGUUCGGCUUGCCCUCGGACCCCUACGGACCCCCACCCAAGCAUCAACCAUCAUACAAGGCAGCACCCAUGCCGUACAAUUUUGCCUACGGCGUCAAGGAUCAGUAUGCCGGCGCAGAUUACGGCCACAGCGAAGACUCUGACGGAAACACCGUCAAAGGGUCGUACACUAUCCAACUUCCUGACGGUCGCCGGCAGACGGUGAAUUAUAUAGCCGACCACUACAACGGGUUCCAAGCUCAGGUCAAAUACGACGGAGAGGCGCAGUACCCCCAUGAGUAUGGACCCCCCAUCACCUUCAAGCCCAAGGGAUACCACCGUUAACCAAUUUUAACACUGAACCUACUCGCUGCUUUCUCGCAACAGGACAAAGGAUAUCCAAGCUAGUCAUAUUAUGUUAUCGAUGUUAUGUUACAGUUGCAAUGAAUAUAAAAUCAGAAAAAAAACAAUAAACGCAGGAAAGAGAGGA